CUUUGAUUUUCGCCUCCUGGACCAAACUUUGAUUCUCUUCUCACCAACCUCAAUUGUUCGACCGAAACGUCACGUCUCCUGGGGAGCUAUUGUUUUUUUUUUCCUACUAACUAUUGUUUUCUCUCUUUCUAAGGCCACCAGGACCCACGAGCUUUCUUGAGCAAGUCUCAUAUAUGCGUGCAGCCUUCCUUUAGCUACCUUUCCACUUCUCUUCACAUUUCACCAAGUUUAAUCAGUUUUAUACCCAUAGCGCAGCAGUCAUUAUCGACAAUUGUCUUUGCUGGACGCAGGCCGUCGAGACGUUUCCCAAACACUUACCUGCUUUACCACACGCUCUCGCCAUCGCAUCAAUUCGAACAACAUCAAUUCCAAACACCAUCAUAAUGCAUCCACAAUCAUCAUCAUCACCCGAACGACCCUCCAAGUUCAAGAUCCUCCGACGAUGGAGGGCACCGCGCCCCCCAACACCAAGAUGGAAAACAUUCGUGCCUUCAGACGCCGACUUCGACGCCCCUCCGGUCCCAUGUCUUUCAUUCUUCGAGCCGGACACACCCCUUGAACCAGAGCACCGAGCAGGCCCAACAUACUACGAGUCUCAACUAUCGCGGAUGGCCAUCUUCGCCGAGAAGACCUCAUCACGACACCGCUCGUCGUCGCAAGCGACCCAAUCCACGCAGGCAGACACAGAAAUCGACACGAUAUCGCGGCUCGGAUCCGGCGUCCUAACGCCCUGGCACUCGCCGCAAUCCUUCAUGGAAGACCCGCAGUCCGACGAGGAAGACAUCGAGGAGCUCGAAUGCGAAAACGGCAUCAGCUACGCACCGCUCGAGCUGACCCUCCCCUCGCCACUGCUCUCCCCGCGCUGGAUGUUCCCCCGCGAGGCCCCGUGUCUGCGCCUCACGCGCUGCUCCUCCAUCUCCCUCUCUUCGCAAUCUCAAACCUCCACCACGUCUUCAUCCACCAGCUUCUCCUCCUCAAUUUCAUCCUCGCUCUCCCUCCCGAGCUCGACAACAAGCCGCUGCAACUCGACGUGCGAGUCGGAGGAACUCCACAUCGAGCCCCCGAGGUCGCCGUUCAAGCUCGGCUGGGACGUCGAUUCCCCCGUGCGCCUGCACUUCGGCAACUUCAAGCGCGACAGCGGCGCGCUGAGGAACAGCAUCAUUGAGAGGAGGCUAGGACUGCGGGUAGAAGGCGCGGAGGACACUGCAAGGUGGUCUGGGACGAGGAUCGAUAGUAUCAGGAGAGGGGGUUGAAGAGGAAAAGGGGGAUGGGUGUUGUUGUUUUUCUCUCUACUUUUUAUUACGCGACCACUUGAUUUUCUUUUGUGAAUGUGCUGCAUGUUAUGGUAUGCAUCGAAGGGAUUGAUACACGAAGGGGUGGACAUGGCGAUGGAGAGAUGUAAUACUUAAGGCGAGGUGAGGAUCGCGAGUCUGCGGGGAGAGGUGUAAAUAUGGAUUCUAUUCUGUCGGCUUCGUGCCAUUGCGAUGGGCGCAGGCGCGCAAUUAAAGACACGACAUCUUGCGGGUGGAGGAGGUAAUUGUAAUUGAGACUGUUAGUAGUUCUCGUAAGUUAGGAAGAGGAAGAGGAGCGGGAUCUGGCGAGAGAUCAACAUUGUAACGAGUGUUGUGUACAAUACCUAGAAACCCACAACCGAAUUCACAAGAUAUCCAGAAAUAAAAG